AUGAGCAAGGUCCCAGCCGAUGACGGGGCGAAGCGGUGUUGUCGCCUCUCGCGAUUCCCCCCACCUGGGGCUUUUCCGCCAGCCCUGCGGGGCGUCCUUAGCAACGCGCGCCCUCCCUUCCAGCCCCGCCCAGCGGGAGGCGGUGGCGCGGCGGCGGUGGCGGUGGCGACCGCGGCGGAGACGGAUAGGGCCGCGAACUCCGAAGAGACCAUAGUGGUGGAGGAGGCGGAGCCCGAGCCGGAGCGGGAGCCGGAGCGGGAGCCGGAGCGGGAGCCCGAGCGGGAGCCCGAGCGGGAGCCCGAGCGGGAGCGGGAGCCGGAGUUAGACUCCGGCCUGACCUACGAGUACCAGCCACUGGAGAGUACGGACGACGAGGAAGACGAGGAGGCCAAGGCUUGGCUGCAGGCGCGCCCCGGCGUGACUUUUCCGCCACCGCCACCGCCGCCGAGGCAGCGCUACUCACAGAGCGACAGUACCUCUUCCGAGAAGGUUCUUCCAUUGGCCCAUGUCAUGUAUUGGCAACAAUCACCUCAAGGCGAUAUUAGAAAACGAAUUUCCGACAGUAAUGCAGCCUCAUCAGAAACAACAGUCCAGUGGGAUUCUGGGGAUGAUCAGAGAACAGAAUCUUGGCAUUGUUUUCCUCAAGAAAUGGACUUUCCCCAAACCUUGGAUAUAUCGCAGACCAGAAUUAACGUGGGAGCAGAAGGGUCUGAAGUGAUAGAGUUCCCCUCUUUGGAGGAAGCUGUAUUGACCCAAUCAGAAGAUCAAGUAAAGGAACGAAACAGAAAUCUCUUAUGUUCUCCAUUGCUAGUCAUACAGGAUAACUUUGCUUCUCCUGAUUUGCCUUUGCUGACAUGUUUGACACAAGACCAGGAACUUGGGUCUGAUUCCUUAUUUCACCAAAGUGAACUAGAUUUUGCACCUCUGAGAGGAAUUCCUGAUAAGUCUGAUGACAUUGAAUGGUUUUCUCGGCCAUCGGAAGUUAGUGAAGCUUUGUUCCAGGCUACCUCAGAAGUAUCUUCAGACUUAGUUAACAGUUGCUUUAGUGUAUCUCAGCACCUCCUUACAGGUAGCACAGCUGUUGGGUCUCAGCGCUCUUUUUUAUCUCCUGAACAAGAGAAUAAUAAAGAGAAUACUUCAUCCAGUACUGUUGAUGAACUGAAAAUCCCCAAAGAUUCUGAUAAUUAUGAUGGUCUUUCUUCCUAUAUGUCAUGGAAGACACGAAAAGAUAUGCAGCAGCCAGGAGACAAUUUUGCUGAUAAAGAUCAAGUUUCAGUUUCAACUUUGUCUGAUAUUAGUGAUGAAAAUAUAGCUCCUAAAAGAAGUGACAGUUUUGCUGCUUCUGGUUUACAUGUGCAUUGGAAACAGGAAGCUUUACAGCAGACAGAAACCAAUAAGGACCAUGAACUGCAGGAGAAGGCUGACUCUGAUGACAUUACUCUGGAUAAUGAUACUGAAUCCUAUAGCCUAGAUGAAAAUGCUGUUGUAUGCAGUGAAAGUGUUGCUGACCUACAAAGAGAGACAUGUGAUCAACAUGACUUGACUGGUGAGUAUGGUGAGCUGGAAGUUUUAGAGAAUUUGCUUGAUGAUCUUUGUGAUAGCUCUCUGCCCUGGCAAAAUACUUCACAACUACCAUGUGAGGAGGAAAGCGAUUUUGAAAAGCCUGUAGUUCAUUCUAAUCUGGACAUUUGUGAAUCUUUUCCAUCUGUUUUGCCUCCAUUUGUUCCUCAUGAGCCAACCACAGAGUCAGAAUACCAUGCUUCAAAUCUCAGAAUGUUGAGGGUGUCUCUUGACAUUGUGCCAAAGACUCUCCAACAUUUAGCAGGAGACAUUUCUAAAGGAGGCAUACCUGAAAUAACUCAAUCCAAGUUGAAAUUGGGUAUCACUACCACUCCUGGAGAUUCAGACUUUGAAUCUCAUUUAUCCAUGUCUCCUGAGGACUUGCCUCAGUUGGCUGUAAGUUCUUCUCAGAGGAAUACUGUUGGUCAACACACUGAUGUUCCCAACCAAAAGGCAUUGACCCAUAGUCAUCUAAUUGAAGAUAAUCUAAAAGUCCCAGAUAUUUCUGAACCAGCUGACCGGAAGACUGGGAUGCCAACAGAACCUUCUACUUCCUACCCAUAUAGAGAGAAGGCCAGCAUUUUAUACCAACAGAACUUGCCAGAUAGUUAUCCAACUGAGGAGGCACUGAAAGUUUCAGCUAUUCCUGGAUCAGCUGACCCGAAGACUGGCAUAUCAAUAGUACCCUCCAUUUCUCACUCACCUAGAGAAAAGCCUGGUAUGUUCUAUCAGCAGGCUGUGCCAGGUGGUUAUACACAUCAGGAGGCUCUGAAAGGUUCAUUUGCUCCUGGACCAGCUGCCCAGAAGACGGGCAUACCAUCUGCAACCUCUCCUUUCUACUCACCAAGAGAUAAGCCUGGUAUUUUCUACCCGCAGGUCUUGCCAGGUGGUCAGAUACCGGCAGAGGCCCUGAAAGUUACAGCUGCUCCUGGACCAGCUGGCCAGAAGACUAGCAUACCAACUGUAACCUCUAUUCCCUACUCACAAAGAGACCAGCCUGGUGUUUUAUACCAACAGGUCUUGCCAGGUGGUCAAAUACCUGCAGAGGUCCUGAAAAUUUCAUCUGCUCCUGGACCAGCUGACCAGAAGACUGGCAUACCAACUGUAACCUCUGUUCCCUACUCACAAAGAGACCAGCCUGGUGUCUACCCGCAGGUCUUGCCAGGUGGUCAGAUACCUGUAGAGGCUCUGAAAGUUUCAUCUGCUCCUGGACCAGCUGGCCAGAAGACUGGCAUACCAACUUUAACCUCUCUUCCCUACUCACAAAGAGACCUACCUGGUGUUUUCUACCAACAGGCCUUGUCAGGGGGUCAGAGACCUGCAGAGACUCAGAAAGUUUCAUCUGCUCCUGGACCAGCUGGCCAGAAGACUAGCAUACUGACUGUAACCUCUAUUCCACACUCACAAAGAGACCAGCCUGGUGUUUUCUACCAACAGGUCUUGCCAGGUGGUCAGAUAUCUGCAGAGGCUCUGAAAGGUUCAGCUACUCCUGGACCUGCUGACCAGAAGGCUGGCAUACCACCUGCCACCUCUGCUUCCUACUCACCAAGAGAUAAGCCUGGUGUUUUCUACCAACAGGCCUUGCCAGGUGGUCACUUACCUGCAGAGGCUCUGAAAGGUUCAGCUACUCCUGGGCCUGCUGACCAGAAGACUGACAUACCACCUGCCACCUCUGCUUCCUACUCACCAAGAGAUAAGCCUGGUGUUUUCUACCAACAGGGCUUGCCAGGUGGUCACUUACCUGCAGAGGCUCUGAAUGUUUCAUCUGCUCCUGGACCUGCUGACCAGAAGACUGUCAUACUACCUGCCACCUCUGCUUCCUACCCAAAGAGAGAGAAGCCUGGUGUUUUCUACAGACAGGUCUUGCCACUUGGUCAGACACCUGCAGAUGCUCUGAAAGUUUCAGCUACUCCUGGACCUGCUGACCAGAAGACUGGCAUACCACCUGCCACCUCUGCUUCCUCUUCACCAAGAGAUAGGCCUGGUGUUUUCUAUCAACAGGCCUUGCCAGUUGGUCACAUACCUGCAGAGGUCCUGAAAGUUUCAUCUACUCCUGGACCAGCUGACCAGAAGACUAGCAUAUCACCUGCUACCUCUGCUUCCUACUCACCAAGAGAUAAGCCUGGUGUUUUCUACCAACAGGUCUUGCCAGGUGGUCAGAUACCUUCAGAGGUCCUGAAAGUUUCAUCUGCUCCUGGACCAGCUGACCAGAAGACUGGCAUAUCACCUGCUACCUCUGCUUCCUACCCACAGAGAGAUAAGCCUGGGGUUUUCUACAGACAGGUCUUGCCACUUGGUCAGACACCUGCAGAGGCUCUGAAAGGUUCAGCUAUUCUUGGGCCUGCUGACCAGAAGAUUGGCAUACUACCUGCCACCUCUGCUUCCUACUCACCAAGAGAUAAGCCUGGUGUUUUCUACCAACAGACCUUGCCAGGUGGUCAUAUACCUGCAGAGGCUCUGAAAGGUUCAGCUACUCCUGGACCUGCUGACCAGAAGACUGGCAUACCAUUUGCCACCUCUGCUUCCUACUCACCAAGAGAUAAGCCUGGUAUUUUCUACCAACAGGCCUUGCCAGGUGGUCAGAUACCUGCAGAGGCUCUGAAAGGUUCAGCUAUUCCUGGACCUGCUGACCAGAAGGCUGGCAUACCACCUGCCACCUCUGCUUCCUACUCACCAAGAGAUAAGCCUGGUGUUUUCUAUCAACAGGUCUUGCCAGGUGGUCACUUACCUGCAGAGGCUCUGAAAGGUUCAGCUACUCCUGGACCUGCUGACCAGAAGGCUGGCAUACCACCUGCCACCUCUGCUUUCUACUCACCAAGAGAUAAGCCUGGUGUUUUCUACCAACAGGCCUUGCCAGGUGGUCACUUACCUGUAGAGGCCCUGAAAGGUUCAGCUACUCCUGGGCCUGCUGACCAGAAGACUGGCAUACCACCUGCCACCUCUGCUUCCUACCCACAGAGAGAUAAGCCUGGGAUUUUCUACCAAGAGGUCUUGCCAGUUGGUCACAUACCUGCAGAGACUCUGAAAGUUUCAUCUGCUCCUGUACCAGCUGACCAGAAAACUGGCAUACCAUCUUCAACUUCUCCUUCCUAUUCACAAAGAGAUAAGCCUGGUGUUUUCUACCAACAGGCCUUGCCAGGGGUUCAGAUACUUGCAGAGACUCAGAAAGUUUCAUCUGCUCCUGGACCAGCUGGCCAGAAGACUAAUAUACCAACUGUGACCUCUAUUCCAUAUUCACAAAGAGACCAGCCUGGUGUUUUCUACCAACAUGUUUUGCCAGGUGGUCAGAUACCUGCAGAGGUCCUGAAAGUUUCAUCUGCUCCUGGACCAGCUGUUCAGAAGACUGGCAUACUACCUGCAACCACUGCUUCUUACUCAGCAAGAGAUAAACCUGUUGUUUUCUAUCGGCAGGCCUUGCCAGGUGGUCAUAUAUCUACAGAAACUCUUAAUAUUUCACCUGCUUCUGGAGCAAAUGACCAGAAGAUUGGCAUACCAACUAUAACCUCUGCUUCCUACUCAUAUAGAGGAGAACCUUCUAUUUUCUACCAACAAGAAUUGCCACAGAGUCAUUUAGCUGAAGAGUUUCUUUCAGUUGCUCCUGGACCGGCUGACAAGAAGACUGGGAUAACUACAGUGUCCUCUGCUUCCUACCCACAUGGAGAAAAAUCUUAUGCUUCCUAUCCUCAGGCUUUGCCAGAAAGUCAUCUAACUGAUCAGGCUCUGAAAGUGUCAGUUUUUCCUGGUUCUGCUGACCAGAAGACUAGGAUACCAACAGUACCCUCUAGUUCUUACUCUCAGAGAGAGAAGCCUGGUAUUUUCUACCAACAGGCCUCAUCAGAUAGUCAUCCACCUAAAGAGCCUCUGGAAGUGUCAGCUGUUUCUGGAUCAGCUGACCAGAUGGCUGGGAUACCAGUACUAACCUCUACUUCCUACUCACAGAGAGAAAGAUCCAAGGUUUUCUAUCAGCAGACAUUAUCAGAUAAUCAUCUAACUGAAGAAGCUCAGAAAGUUUCAUUUGUUCCUGCACCAGGUGACCAGAAGACUGGUGUACCAUCAGAAUUGUCUAAUUCUUAUUCUAGAGAGAAAUCUAUUAUUUUCUCCCAACAGAUCCUACCAGAUAGUCAUCUACUUGAAGACACUUUGAAAGUCUUAGCUGAUUCUGGACUAGUUGACCAGAAGUCUGGGCUACCAACAGUACCCUCUAUUCCCCAAGCACAGAGAAAACCUAGUGCUUUCUAUCAACAGGAGUUUCCAGAUAGUCAUUCAAUGGAAAAGUCUUUGAAAGUUUCAUUUGUACCAGAACCAGCUGAUCAGAAGACUGGGAUACCAAUAGGACCAUCUACCUCCUACUUAUAUAGAGAAAAACCUACCAUUAUUUCUUACCAGCAAGAGUUACCACAUCGUUCUGAAGAAGAUUUGAAAGUUUUAGGUGUUCCUGGACCUUCUGAUCAGAAUACUAGGUUACACAUGGUGCCCUUUACCCCCUAUUCACAUGGAGAGAAGCCCAUUAUUUCUUACCAGCAAGAGUUGACAUAUGUUCCUGAAGAUACUUUCAAAGUUUUUGGAGAUCCUGAACCAACUGACUUUAAGACUGGGAUAGACAUAAUGCCCUCUGCUCCCUAUUCACAGGGAGAACAGUCCAUUUCUUUUCAGCAGGAGUUGCCAGACCUUACUCAAGUCACUUUGAAAACAGUAAAGGUUCCUGGACCUGCUGACCAGAAGAGUGGAAUAUCAACAAUGCCUUUAAGAUACUAUUCACAUAGAGAGAAGCCCAGUGUCUUCUCUACACAGGACUUGCCAGAGAGCCAUCUCACUGAAGAGGCUCCAAAAAUUUCAUCUGUUUCUGUACCAGUAGAUCUGAGGGCUGGAAACACCUCUGGUUCCUACUUCCAUAGAGAGAUGCCUAGUGAUUUUUCUCAACAGUCCUUUCCUGAUAGUGAUCUAACUGAAGAAUCUUUAGAGGCUUCAACUGUUCCUGGACUAGCUGACCAGAAGAAUAGGAUACUUACAGUACCAUCGAGUUCCUACUCACAUCAAGAGAAACUUCACGUUUCAACUGUGAAUGUACUGGACAACCAGAAGACUGAGUUACCAACAGCUACCCAUAGUUCCCACUUACAGAGAGAGAAGCCCAGGAUUUCAACUGUGAUUGGACCGGAUGACCAGAAGACUCCAUUACUGACAGUUUUUCAUAGUUCCUAUUCUCAAAGAGUAAAACUGGUAUUUUCUGGAACAGCAGUUGCCAGAUAGAGAUCAAAGUGAGAUAUUCUAAAGAUUUCAACUGUCCCUGAACCAACUGAUGUAAAUACUGGGACACCAAUAACUCUCUCUGGUUCUUAUUCAGAAGAUAAAUCUGAUAUUUUAUAUCUACAGGAAUUGCCAGACAGACAUCAAACUGAAGAUGCACUGAAGGUUUCGACUCUUCCUGAACCAGCUGACCAGAAAACAGUGACACCAACAGCUCCUCCUAGUUCCUUUUCAUACAGAGAAAAACUGAAUAUUUUCUAUCAGAAGGAUUUACCAUGUAGACAUCUAACUGAAGAUGCUCUGAAGGUCUCCAGUGGUCUUGGGAAAUCUGAUCAAAUUACUGGGUUAUCAAUAGUUUCCCCUGGUACUUAUUCACAUGAUAAAAAGCACAGACUUGUUUCAGAACAUGUCCAAAGACUAAUAGAUAAUUUGGAUUCUUCUGAUUCCAGUGCUUGCUCAAAACAUAUGCCUUUAAAUUCUCGUGAUGAUGGUGUUGUAAUAAUUAAGCCAGAAUCUAUAGGUUUUGGAGAUGAUGGUUCAGAGGAAAUCCAGGAUACAGAAAUAGUUCCAAAACUCUUAGAAAUUCGGACACUUUUAAUGGAGGCAGAAAAUAUAGCACUGAAACGAUGCAAUUUUCCUGCUCCCUUGUCCCUUUCAGAGACGUUAGUGAUAUUUUCAUUUAUACGAUCUAAGAAGGUGGUUUGUUUCAAAGAACCCCCCACAACUGAUGUAUCUGAUGGUGAUCUGCUUCAGAGACAGCCAUUUAUAGAGGACCCAAGCAACAGAUGCAUACAGAAGGAUAUUGGCACACAGACAAAUUUGAAAUGCCAGAGAGGCAUUGAAAAUUGGGAGUUUAUUAGAUCAACUACAAUUAGAAGUCCUCUACAGGAAGCAGAAAGCAAAGCCAGAAUGGCAUUAGGUGAAACUCUUAGGCAAUAUGAAGCAGCCAAAUCUGCACUGAGGUCUGAACCUGAACGCUAUAGUAGAACCAUUGGGAACAAAAUUAUUAUCCCUAUGAUGACUAUCAUAAAAAGUGAUUCAAGUAGUGAUGUAAGUGGGAAUGGUUCCUGCUCAUGGGACAGUAAUUUACCAGAGUCAUUGGAAUCAGUUUCUGAUGUUCUUCUCAACUUUUUUCCAUACACUUCACCGAAUACAAGCAUAACAGAUAGCAGAGAGGAACAGGGUAUGUCAGAGAGUGAAGAUGGUGGUGGUAGUAUAGAUUCCCUGGCUGCACGUGUGAAAAAUCUUCUGCAGUGUGAAUCCUCAUUAAAUCAUGCUAAACAAGUACUUAGAAAUGCAGAGGAAGAGGAAUGUCGGGUACGAGCACGAGCCUGGAAUCUGAAGUUUAAUUUAGCACAUGAAUGUGGAUAUUCAAUUUCAGAAUUAAAUGAAGAUGACAGGAGGAAAGUAGAAGAGAUCAAGGCAGAAUUGUUUGGUCAUGGAAGAACAAAUCACUUAUCUGAGGGUUUACAGAGUCCACGGGAUGGAUGCACACCUGAAGCUGUAUGUAGUCACAUUGUUAUUGAGAGCCAUGAGAAAGGAUGUUUCAGAACUUUAACAACUGAACAACCACAACUGGAAGACCAUCCUUGUGCUUUUACAUCUGCUGAAUCCUCAGAAAUGAUCAGAGAACGACAGAGCCCAUCAUCGUGGAGAGCCAGACACAUCAAUCUUUCCAAAUCACUAGACCAGAACAACCCCCAUUUUAUUUGGAAUUCCUUGCAGUUACAAAGUCAUUCCCCACUUCAAAACCUUAUACCUGAUGACUUCAAAAUUAGCAAGGGCCUUCGAAUGCCAUUCCGUGAAAAUAGACCUUGGCUAUCAGAAUUAGUAGAAGUAGAACCUGCUUGUGUGCCACCUAAAGAAGUGGAUUUUCCUUCUUCAUCACAAAUACCGCCCCCAGAACCCAUGAAACAGUUUACUACCUCCAUCACUUUUUCAUCUCACCGACAUUCUCAAUGCAUUUCAGAUUCCUCUGUUUUUAAGGUUGGUGUUACUGAAGGUAGCCAGUGUACUGGAGCAUCUAUGGGGGUAUUUAAUUCUCAUGUCACUGAAGAGCAAAAUUCUUCUAGAGAUCUUAAACAGAAAAUCUCUUCCCCUUCAUCAUUUAAAAUGCUUAGUGGUUUACCACAUAAAGCUGUGACUAUUUUAGCAGAAAAAGGUAGGCAAAACCAAAAGUUUGUUGAUUUUGAGCCUUCUCAUCGAGAGGAAAAACUCUUAGAAAGAUCAGAUUUUAAUGUCAGUCAUUUUGAGCCCAGUACCAGUGCAAAUUACUUUCAAGGAAUUCAGUUUUCUGAUAAUGAUACCCACGUUAGUAUGGGCAGAUCAAAUUCCACACUAGGAGUAAAAGAGAAGAAUGUAACCAACACUGCAGAUCUUCCUUCGCACAUUUUUCUUGAACAACGAGAACUCUUUGAACAAAGCAAAGCCCCACAUGCAGAUCACCAUGUGAGAAAACACCAUUCUUGCCUUUGUCCAGACCUUCCUUCUUGCAUUUUCCUUGAACAACAAGAACUCUUUGAACAAAGCAAAGCCCCACAUGUAGAUCAUGAGAUGAGAGAAAGCCAUUCUCCCUUUCCUCUGUGUCAGGAUUAUAUAGCUUCAGACCUUCCUUCUCCCGUUUUUCUUGAACAACAUCAAAGCAGAACCCCAGGUGUAGAUGACCACGUGAGAAAACACCAUUUUCCCUUUUCUCAAGGUCAGGAUUGUGUAGUAGAAAAAAAUCAACAUACACCUAAAUCACACAUUACUAAUAUAAAUGUUGAAGUGAAUAAUUCGAUCUCCCAGUCUGCCCCUGAUCACUAUACAUUAGAAACAUCUGCAUCUACUCCACCUUCAAAUAGAAAAGCACUUUCAUGUGUUCGUAUAACUCUGUGCCCCAAGACUCCUUAGUUGGAUAGUGGAACCUUAGGUAAAAGAUUUCAUUCUUUGGAUUCUGCUUCUAAAACAAGGAUGAAUAGUGAGUUUAACUCUGACCUACAAACUAUAUCUUCAAGAUCAUUGGAACCAACCUCCAAGUUAUUGACCAGUAAACCUAUAGCACAAAAUCCAGAAUCUUUAGGUUUUCUAGGACCUAAAUCUCCACUGGACUUCCAAGUUGUACAGUCUCCUCUUCCAGAUAGUAAUACUAUUACUCAGGACUUGAAAGCCAUACCUUCUCAGAAUAGCCAGAUAGUAACCUCAAGGCAAAUACAAGUGAACAUUUCAGAUUUGGAAGGAUAUUCCAAACCAGAGGGGACUCCGGUAUCUGCAGAUCGUUUACCAGAACAGAAUAAGACCUCAUUAUUUGCCUUCUCUGGAAAGUUAUCAUCUGAUGCAGUCACUCAGAUAACAACAGAAAGCCCAGAAAAGACCAUUUUGUCAUCUGAGAUUUUUAUUAAUGCUGGAGAUCAUGGAAGUAAAAUUCUAGAGCCAAGUACUAAAAAGCUUCAGAAAGGUCCUGUCAAGUUUGCUUCAUCAUCUUCAGUGCAACAGAUUACUACUUGUCGUGGCACAGAUGCCCAGCCUUUACUGUUGCCAUAUAAGCCAUCUGGUAGUACGAAGAUGUACUAUGUUCCACAAUUAGACACAGUUCCUUCAUUUCUGGAUUCCAAAUCUGACACCACCAUUGAGAGCUCACAUUCAGGGUCCAAUGAUGCUAUUGCUCCAGAGUUUCCGGCUCAGGUGCUAGGAACAAGGGAUGAUGACCUCUCAGCCACUGUAAAUAUUAAACAUAAGGAAGGGAUCUACAGUAAGAGGGCAGUACCUAAGGCAUCCUUUUUACUGGGGAAAAAACCCUUGCAGACAGACAAUGCAGAGGUUCCAGUUCAUGUUGCCAUCACUAUGGAUCAAAACCUCUCAGACAAAAACCUCUCAGACAAAAAGCAGAAAGAGGAGAACUUAAGUCAAAGGAUAUUGACUAAAGAAGAAGAAAAAUGGCCUGAAGAAGAAGAACCCUUGCCGAACGAUACUGCAGGUUCCAGUGAUGCUACUACUGCCAAACACUUAAUUCAAGUACAAGAUACAAAGGUUGAAAACCUACCGGACACGAAACCCAUUGAACAUAAAGAGGAAAUUUAUAUUAAUAGAGCAGUUCCUAAGGAAGCCUGGUCAGAAAAGAAAGAAUCCUUACAGAUAGACAUUUCAGAGUCUGAAUGUCAUUCAGAAUUUGAAAAUACUACUCAUUCUGUCUUCAGGUCAGCCAAGUUUUAUUUUCAUCAUCCAGUGCACCUACUAAAUGAACAAGAUUUUUGCCAUGAAUCUUUGGGAAGAAGUGUUUUAAUGAGACAUUCUUGGAAAGAUUUCUUUCACCAUCAUUCAGACAAACACAGAGAUCAUACAUGUCUUCCUCUUCCUUAUCAAAAUGUGGACAAGACUAUGGAUCAUACCAGAAUAAAGAGCCUCAGCAUCAAUAUGAAUGUGGGAGACAAGGAAGUGACUACCAAAAGUCAAGCCAGAGACCAUCUAAAAAGUAACGGACAAAUUAAUGAUCCUAAAAGGGAUGAUAAGGUCACCCCAGAGUUAACAACUCCGCAUACUGCAAGUUUGAAUGAACUCUGGAACAAGUACCAGGAGCGACAGAGGCAACAGAAACUGCCAGAUGUCAGUGACAGGAAAGAGCUGUCCUUGGUGGAACGACUUGAUCGUUUGGCUAAACUUCUUCAGAAUCCCAUCACACAUUCUCUCCAGGCCUCAGAAAGUAUACAAGAUGAUAACAGAAGGGAACAACUUAAAGAAUGGAGUUAUAAACAGAAACAGCAGAAAAGCAAGUUUCAGAAGCAAAAGCGUUAUAAAAGCGUAGAGAAAGGCCAUAAAAACAUAUGUGAUCUUAAAAAAUGCAAGGUAGUUUCUCCUCAUCAAAGUGGGAGAUCCAAUCAGAUUAAGAUUGAACAAAUUAAAUUUGAUAAAUAUGUUCUGAGAAAACAGCCAGAUUUACAUUAUAUCAGCAACACUUCUUCAGAUUCUAGACCCUCAGAGGAAAGUGAACUGUUCACAGAUACUCCGACCAAUAUUCUUUCCACCACCACUUCUCCUGUGGAAUCUGAUAUAAUGACCCAAACAGAUAGAGAGGUGACUUUGCAUGAAGGAAGUAGCUCUAUUUCCACCAUUGACACUGCCCGAUUGAUCCAAGCUUUUGGCCAUGAAAGAGUAUGUUUGUCACCCAGACGAGUUAAAUUAUAUAGUAGCAUCACCAACCAACAGAGGAGAUACCUUGAAAAGCGGUGCAAGCACAAGAAAUCAUUGAAUACAGGCUAUCCCCAAAUGACUUCUGAGCACACCAGAAGGAGACACAUCCAGGUGGCAAACCAUAUGAUUUCUUCUGACUCUGUUUCACAUGCCAGUAGUUUCUUGAGCUUGAACUCUGCUCUUUGCAAGGAGGAAAAUGUGCACAUGUUAAACAAAGGUAUACAAACAGGUAGCUUGGAGAUUGUACAUGGUGACAGAAAACAUACUCGUGAUGUUGGGGUCACUUUCCCAACUCCAAGCUCUAGCGAGGUUAGAUUAGAAGAGGAUAGUGAUAUGACUUCUUGGUCAGAAGAGAAAGUUGAAGAGAAAAUACCCUUUACCAGUUAUCCUGGGGACAAAAAGUUAAAGAAGAACAAGGAGAAUUCCUGUGAAGGAGUUUCAUGGUUUGUUCCUGUGGAAAAUCUGAAGACUGGAUCUAAGAAGGAAAACUUGCCCAAGAUUUAUGGCCCUAGUAUCUCCUGGUUUGAACCAAUAACCAAAACUAAACCCUGGAGAGAGCCACUGCGGGAACAGAACUGGCAAGGACAGCGCACAAAGGGCUGGGGAUCACUGGCAGACCCAGUCAGAGAUGAUGGCCGAGAUCUACUGAAGCCAUUUGUGAGAGCAACCCUGCAGGAGGCACUUCACCUUCACAGACCUGACUUCAUCUCCCGCUCCGGGGAGCGGAUAAAGCGCCUGAAGUUAAUAGUCCAGGAGAGGAAGCUGCAGAACAUGUUUCAGAGUGAGCGAGAUGUGCUAUUCAAUACCACGCAGCCACAGUCUAGGAGAGUCUUCAUGGCUGCCCGGAAGAACAAACCUAUUGGAAAGAAGGAAAUGAUCCAGAGGUCUAAACGGAUUUAUGAGCAGCUUCCAGAAGUACAGAAAAAGAGAGAAGAGGAAAAGAGGAAAUUGGAAUAUAAGUCCUACCGACUGCGAGCUCAGCUAUAUAAAAUGAAAGUGACCAAUCGACUUUUGGGGAGAAAAGUUCCCUGGGACUGACACAAGAUUAUUUUCCUCAGAGCCUUGGAAUUAUAUCUUAUGGACCUGAAGAAGUAUAAUCCUUGCUUUUAUAGGGCUGGUUUAAUAAAACUUAUUCUUUGGCUGUGUGUAACUUAGAAAUAGUAGCUUCUCAAAUCUGGGGCAGAGUAGCAGUUAGAAUGACAGAUGGUUUGGGAGCAAUCCUUUCCUUUCCUCCAUAGAGGCCUUGCCCACAGAGUUGUGCAUUACAAUGAUAUUAUCUCUUAAAUUUUAGCCAAGAGUGACAGUCCCUUUUUAUAUGUGUUUUUAUACUUUUAGAAAAUAAAUAACUUUGAUUGACUUCUAG